GCGGCGGCCAGGUUUGUCCGUGAGAGACCCAGUCAAUGCGUGGCCCCCUUGGACAUGAUGGCUGACCAGCCUCCUCCACUGGAGGCCACCCCCAUGCUGAGCGAAGUGCCUCUUCUCUCCGCCAUGGUCAACGGAGACAGCAUUCAGCAGGUGAUAUUGGUGCAGGUGAACCCAGGAGAGACCUUCACCAUCCGAACCGAAGAUGGGCACAUCCAGUGUAUCCAAGGACCAGCCCAUGUUCCCAUGAUGUCACCAAAUGGUUCUAUGCCUCCAAUUUUUGUUCCUCCCGGUUAUGUAUCUCAGGUGGUGGAAGAAAACGGAGUUCGGAAAGUGGUCGUCUUGCCCCAUUCGGCCGACUUCCACCCUUCGCUGCACCCCCCGCCGCCUCCUCCCCCUCCGCCUCCGCACGUGCCCCACUACAUGCACCCCCACCCCGCCUUGCUUCCCCACCCGCCUCACCCUGUGUACCCCCCAGUUCCAGGAGCCGGAGAGCUCCCGCCCCAGUUUCUCCACCAGCACCCGCCGCCCCCGCCGCCGCCCCCGUCCCAUGUUUACCAAGAGCAAGAGUCCCGGGGCCAUGGAAGGAUAAACUUUAUUCAGAGAGACGAAAGAACUGUUAAGAUGCAAGAGCAUCUGAAGAAAAGACUGAAAGAACGGCAGGCUGGCGGGCCCAGUGGAAGCCAAGUGAACAGCCCGCCAUCCUCCCCGCACAAGGGCCCCGGUCCCUGCGGAGCAAAUUCUCUAAACGGCUGCGGGAAGGACCCAUCCACCAUGGCGGGGCCAGCCAAGCACAAGCUGGCAGCCAGGACAAGGGGCGGCCCACCCACAGAGGUGGGCGUCACAGAGUUUGACAUAGACGUGCAAAAGUCGCCAGAUCUCCUAAGCAUCAGUAAACCUCUAGUCUCGGCCCUUCGGGCCCGGUCAGCUGUCCUGUCGUGGGUCCCCACAGUGAGGGUGCCCGGCGGAGAUGGCCCCACCGGACGCCUCCCGGGAGCCCUCACGUUUGAAGUGGCACUGUCCAUCAGUGGGAAGAACGGCAAAUUCAAGUCGGUUUACGUUGGAGAAGAAGUAACGGUUACCCUACCUGAUCUCCGGCCUGCAACAGACUAUCAUGUAAGGGUUUCAGCUACAUGCAGCUCUGUGAAGGAGCCUGCUUCUGAGCUGGUCAGCUUUACCACCGAGAGUUGUGAGCCAGACCCACCCGCCCCUCCCCGCCUCGUCAGCCGGACCAAAAACAGCCUCAGUUUACAGUGGAAAACCCCCAACGACAACGGUUCCAAAGUGACCGGCUUUCUUCUGGAGUGGGAUGAGGGGGUGCCCGGAACCUUCAAGGAAUGCUAUUUUGGCCACCUUAAACAACACAAACUAAGCAGACUCACUCCUUCGACCAAGUACUCAUUUCGACUCGCUGCUAAGAAUGACUUUGGACAAAGUGGGUUUGGCGAGACGGCGUUCUACUACACUGCAGGGAGCGUUCCCCCACCCCCUGCGGCCCCUCGCGUGGUGCGAGCCGGCACCACUUGCCUGUCGCUGGAGUGGAGCCGCCCCAGGGCCGUCACGGCGGACGAAUUGCUCAGCUACACGCUGGACGUGGAGGAGGAGGGCACCGGUUAUGGCUUCCAGCCCAGGCACAAUGGAGAGGAGCUGUCGUGCACUUUAAAGAACCUCCGAAGGUGCACCUUGUACAGGCUUAGGGUCUUUGCCCACAACAAUGAAGGGAAAAGCGGCCCCAGCGAGGUUACCGAGUGUACCACGUGUCCAGAGCGGCCAGGACCCCCGGGCCGGCCGACGGUCAAGGGAAAGAUCCAUGCUCACAGCGUCAAGGUCACCUGGGACCCACCCAGGGAUAACGGGGGAGCAGAAAUUUCUAAAUAUAUUCUCGAAAUUUCGGAGAGUCUGACCGGCAGCACUUGGGACACGGCAUACAGCGGCCCUUGCAGAGAACACGUGUGUGACCGUCUGAAACCCGGCACGUGGUACCGGCUGAGGGUAUCCUGCGUGAAUGUCGCCGGCCCGAGCCAGGUCUCGGACACAUCGUCCGUGCAGACGCCCGCUGUUCCCCCGGGGCCGUGCCGGCCUCCCAGCUUGGCGGGCCGAGCGAAGGCCAGAGAGAUCGGCCUGCUGUGGGCUGCCCCAUCGGAGGACGGGGGCUCGCAAGUGACUGAGUAUGUGGUGGACAUGGCGGGUGGCGAGCAGGAAGAACGCCGCCAGGUGUACCAGGGCCCCGACCUGGUCUGUACCGUGAGCAGCCUGCUGCCUGGGAGAACCUACAGCUUCUGGCUCAAAGCAGCCAACCACGCCGGGUUCGGCCCCUUCUCAGGCCCAGAGGAGAUCGCCACUGCUCCAGGACCCCCAGAACAGUGCGGCGUUCCCCUGCUCACCUGUAAAGCAGCCACCUGUGUUCUGGCCAGCUGGGAGGUCCCCACAUGCAACGGUGCCGAAAUCAGCGAUUACAAGCUGGAGUGGGGCCAGACGGAGGGUGCGAUGGCGGUUAUCUACAGCGGCCCCAGCCCGAGUUUCGAAGUGAAAGGCCUCACACCUGCGACCACUUAUCUCUGCCGGGUCCAGGCGGUGAACGUUGCUGGGGCCGGGUCAUUUGGGGAGACGGGCCUCGUGACCACACUGGCGUCGACGCCAGCCGCGGUGACAGUGCUGCGGGUCCUGGAGGACGGGCCGGUCCCGGAGGACGGGCCGGCUGAGACCCCUCGGCCGCCACCGGCCACCACCCUGGCCCUGCAGUGGGAAGAGCCCUGCUGCCACGGCGAGGAGAUCACCAGCUACAACAUUGACUACGGAGAGAAGCAGGCCGUAGCCGUGGUCGGUGGAACGAGCCACGUCCUGGACUCUCUGCAGCCGGACACGGUCUAUAGGAUCAGGGUCCAAGCCGUCAACAGCCUAGGUCCCGGACCCUUCAGCCCAACGGUCAAAGGCAAGACCCGGCCCCUGCCCCCAGCCCCUCCGCCGCUGGAAUGCGCGGUGGUCGGCUCCCAGAGCCUCAAACUCAAAUGGGGCGACGGGCCGGGUCGAGCCCUGCAUCCCAACCCCACGCAGUUCACCCUGCAGAUGGAAGACAGACUUGGCAGGUUUAUCACACUGCACAGCGGGCCCUGUCACACCUACAAGGUGCAGCGGCUGAACGAGUCCACCGCCUACCGCUUUAAGAUCCAAGCCUACAAUGAAGCCGGGGAGGGACCCUUCUCCGACAUCUACACUUUCGCCACCACCAAGUCUCCGCCGGCCAUGCUGAAAGCGCCCAGGGUCUGCCAGCUGGCCGACGGGCUGUGCGAAGUGACGUGGGAACCGGUGGCCCCCAUGAGAGGAGACCCCAUCGUUUACCUGCUGCAGCUGGUCCACGGGCGGGGCAUGGAGCAGGUGUACAAGGGACCGGAGACCUCGUUCCGCCUGUGCAACUUCCAGCCUGAUCCCGACCAUCGGGUGCGGGUAUGCGCCAGCCGCCAGUACCAGGACAGCGCUGGGCCGCAGGAGCUCUGCGGGCCAUACAGCCCGGGCACCGCCUUCCCCUGCCCAAAGCCCGCGGUGAUGGGGCCGGAGCCAGAAGCGGCGCCGGGGACCGGGGCAGGGCCGGCCUGCCAGACCAAGCUGAGCGAUGAGCAGUUCGCCCUGAUCCUGGUGGUGGGAUUCGCCGCCAUCGCGGUGCUGUUCGCCGCAGUCAUCCAGUACUUUAUAAUCAAGUAA